AUGGCCGACUCAAGUGCUCCCGAACCCCCCACCGAGCAGGUCAAGGACCUCAAGGUCGAGGAGACCGCCAAGCUUCUCAAGGAUGAGGUCACCGGCGAGAUGGUCUCCAAGACGGAGCUGAAGAAGCGCCAGAAGGCUCGCGAAAGAGAGGCUGCUAAGGCUGCGAAGGCCGCCGCUGCCCCUCCCAAGCCUGCUGCUGCCAAGAAGGGUAACGCCGAGGCCGACGAGAAGAACCUGGACCCCAGCCAGUACUUUGAGAACCGAUCUCGCGCCAUCAACAAGCUGCGCGAGACCAAGUCUCCCAACCCUUACCCCCACAAGUUCCACACCGACUACGACCUGCGCAACUUUGUCAAGGACUUUGGUCACCUCAAGUCCGGCGAACAUGACAAGGAGAAGGUCGUCCGUGUGGGCGCUCGUAUCUACAACAAGCGUGCCUCCGGCAACAAGCUCUUCUUCUACGAUAUCCGCGCUGAGGGCGUCAAGGUCCAGGUUAUGGCCCAGGCGCAAGAGGUUGCAGAGGGAAGCCCGUCAUUCGAGGACCAGCACUCCAAGAUCGAGAAGGGCGAGGAGGGCGAGCUCUCCAUCUUCGCGACCGAGUUCAUUCUCCUUACUCCCUGCCUGCACACCCUCCCCGACGAGUACUACGGCUUCAAGGACCACGAGGAGCGCCACCGCAAGCGUUACCUGGAUCUCAUCAUGAACGACAAGAGCCGCCAGAUUCUCAUCGCAAGAUCCAAGAUGGUCACUUAUAUCAGACGUUUCUUCGACGACAGGGACUUCAUCGAGGUCGAGACGCCUAUGAUGGGUCCCAUCGCUGGAGGUGCCACCGCCGCCCCCUUCAAGACCCACCACAACGACCUCGACAUGCAAAUGUUCAUGAGAAUUGCCCCUGAGCUCUACCUCAAGGAGCUCGUUGUCGGUGGCCUCCACCGUGUCUACGAGCUUGGCCGUCAAUUCAGAAACGAGGGCAUCGACUUGACGCACAACCCCGAGUUCACCACCUGCGAGUUCUACCAAGCCUUUGCCGACGUCUACGACAUUAUGGACCUGACCGAAGAGCUCGUGAGCGGCCUCGUCAAGCACGUCACUGGCGGCUACAAGACCAAGUUCCACACCCAGCACGGUGAGGUCUACGAGGUCAACUGGGAGAAGCCCUGGAAGCGCUUCGAGAUGAUUCCUGAGCUCGAGAAGGCCACGGGCGAGAAGUUCCCCCCGGCCGAUCAGCUGCACACUCCUGAGACCAACGAGUUCCUCCAGAAGGUCCUCAAGAAGAUGAACCUCGAGUGCUCACCGCCCCUGACCAACGCCCGCAUGAUCGACAAGCUUGUUGGCGAGUACAUUGAGGAGCAGUGCGUCAACCCCUCCUUCAUCUUUGGUCACCCGCAAGUCAUGAGCCCUCUCGCCAAGUACCACCGCGACAUUCCCGGUCUGUGCGAGCGCUUCGAGGCCUUUGUGUGCAAGAAGGAGAUCGUCAACGCCUACACCGAGUUGAACGAUCCCUUUGACCAGAGAUUGCGCUUCGAGGAGCAGGCCCGCCAGAAGGACCAGGGUGACGACGAGGCCCAGCUCAUUGACGAGAACUUCUGCAUGUCUCUUGAGUACGGUCUGCCGCCUACCGGUGGCUGGGGCAUGGGUAUCGACAGAAUGGUCAUGUUCUUGACCGACAACUACAGCAUCCGUGAGGUGCUCGCCUUCCCCUUCAUGAAGGAGGAGAAGCAGGGUGAGAAGAAGGCCUCCGCGGCUGAGGUUGUCGGAGUCAAGCCUGUCCCCGAGGAGGGAAUUGCCCACAAAUAG